UCAACACGGUUCCAAGUUUGUCUCUUUAUCUUUUGAGUCAUUGAUUAUAAGUCUUCUCUCAAAACUUUACCUUCUUCUUCCUUCUUCUUCUUCUUCUUCUUCUUCUUGAUAUAACCCUAAUGGCGAUUUUGCCUGAAAACUCUUCAAACUUGGACCUUACGAUCUCCGUUCCAGGCUUCUCUUCCUCACCUCCUUCAGGUUCAGAGGACAGAAGCGGAGGGAAAGAGCAGUUGAACCUCGACAUAAACCAAGUCCCUUUGUCGGAAGACGGCGGAGAUAUUGACGGAGAAGACGACGAAUUCGUCAGCCAUGGGAACGACGUUGUCGUGCCUCCGCGUAAGAAACUCCGUCUCACCAGAGAACAGUCUCGCCUUCUCGAGGACAGCUUCAGACAAAACCACACCCUCAAUCCCAAGCAAAAGGAUGAACUAGCAAAACAGUUGAUGCUGAGGCCGAGACAAAUUGAGGUUUGGUUCCAAAACCGAAGAGCCAGGAGCAAGUUAAAGCAGACGGAGAUGGAGUGCGAGUACCUGAAGAGAUGGUUUGGGUCGUUGACGGAACAGAACCGGAGGCUGCAGAGCGAAGUGGAUGAGCUCAGGGCGAUGAAGGUCGUUGUCCCGUCCACGUCAGCCUCCGCCUCUUCCUCCAUGUGCCCUCGCUGCCAGCGCGUCUCCACCACCUCCUCCUCUGUUCCAAAAAACACGGCCUGAGCGACUUUCAUUAUAUAGGGGUCUGCCAUUAUACCUUUGUAUAUACUUUUAUUCAAGAUAUUUACAAGUGUUUAUUAUUAUUAUGAUUAUCAGGUAGAAAAUACUAAUUAGAGAUGAUCGUUCUCACUUUGGCGAUUGGGCAGCUACUUUUGAUCUAUGUUGUCAACAAAUGGAAUGUUACCCGUUC